AUGGCCCCCGCCCCAAUGGGUUUAAACGACACACGAGCUUUGUCGUGUGAGGGCGGGAAAUCUCCGGCUGCCUUUGAGCUUCAGGCUUCCGAGCAGCUCGCGCCCACACUGGAGCCGAGUGGCGGGAGCCUGGCUACUCCUGCGCCCGCGAACGCCACGAUGACUCCGCAUGGUGUGAAGCGCGCGCUGGGCGCCACGCCUACGUUCGUACUAAGCGACAAAAAGCUGAAGCUUGAAGUGAAAGAGCGCGAGCUCUGUGUCCAGGAAACGGAAGAUGGAAACGCUGAAGCUGUUGUUAUCCGCAGACAGCGGCGCCUUGCUGUUCGUAGCGGCAGUCGCAGUGCUGCCUUGUCACCUCUGAACUCCGCAUCAGCCGAGCAAAUCCGGCAGCACCUUCGAGACGUACGGCGUGAGCUGUUUCUGCGGCCGCUGCUGGCUAUCGUGUCCAAGCUCAUGUUCCACAAGGGGAACCACGGCUUUUUCAAUGUGCGGGUAGACCCAGAGGUGUGGAACAUUCCGCACUACUUCGAAGUUGUCAAGCAUCCCAUGGACUUGGCUAUCGUCAAAAACAAAUGCUUGAAUCUCGAAUAUGCCACGGCUGACGAAUGUGCAGAUGCGAUCCGCCUCGUGUUUAACAACGCCUGCCUGUUUAACCCACCGGGACACAUUGUACACGAGUCGGCGGCAAUGUUGCUCAAGGAAUUUGAGGCAGACUACGCAAAGUAUAAGGCCAAAGCUGAAGCGAUGACCAAGCGUCGUGAUGAACACUCGUGCCCAUUCUGCCUCGAUAACGUAUGUGGGAUGUGCAAUGAGAAGUGCAUCAAUUUCGAGCCGCCGUUCGUUAUGUGCUCAGGGGCGUGCCGCCAGCGCAUUAAACGCCAUGCAGUGUACUACAAGACCCCCGAUGGACAGUACCACUGGUGCUCCAAGUGCUUCACCUCACUUCCCAAGGAACUAACUAUAAAGGUAUUACCUUCUACGAUUACAGACCAUGAACACCCCACUCCAUCGACAGACAAUACAUUGUCGAAGUUUGCUCUGCUGAAGGCCAAAUUUAUGGAUGAGCUGACGGAGCCUUGGGUGCAGUGUGACCAAUGUAGCGGCUGGGUGCAUCAGAUCUGUGCGCUGUUCAAUGCCUGCGAGAACGCUGAUGAAGAGGAAGAAGUGAUGUACACGUGUCCGCUCUGUCGUCUUGAGGAGCUUGAUGCAGAGGAAAAGAACAACGAGCUGGGUAUGUCUCCGAUGGAAACAUCCGUCGAGGAUUUCCCUGUGAAAGUUGGUAAAGACUUGUUGGGGUCUCACAGUCCCGCGCUCAAGCGCAGACCGUUCACUAAAGAUUUUACACGAGCGCUUGGGUUUGAUGAGCAGAUCGAAGAAAAGGUGUUUGACUAUUUGACACGAGUAGAUUUAGAUGCCGUGGACGCGAGCACUGCGUCUAGUUUCGUGACAAGCCAAAAUCUACAGUCGUGUGGUGUAUCGCGGUUUAUGCAGAAGUGGGUGCAGCAGCAUUUGGAAAAUCUCGGCGAACACGAAGCAGCACAAUCCAUUGUUGUGAAAGUAGUGUCCUCGAUCAAAAGCUCGUGUCACGUGAGCUCCGUUGUGCGCGAGAACUUUCGGUCUGCAUCGCAAGAGUUCCCACAAACCAUCGAUUACACCUCGAAGGUCAUCUUCGUCUUUCAGAUGAUUAACGGUGUCGAAGUCUGCAUCUUUUCUAUGUAUGUUCAGGAGUAUGAUAAGUACUGCCAGGUGCCUGUCAACCGCAACCGGACGUACAUUGCGUACCUUGAUAGUCUGGUGUACAUGCGUCCGCGUCAUGUACGUACGAGCUUGUAUCACCAGAUCCUCAUCUCGUACCUGGCUUCUUGCAAAGCCAAGGGAUACGAGUAUGCACAUAUUUGGGCAUGCCCUACCACGCGUGGCGGUGAUUUCAUUUAUUGGUGCCAUCCUUCUUUUCAGAAAAACCCAGGCAAAGAGCGCCUUCUGCAGUGGUACCUGAUUAUGGCCAAAAAGGCGAAGGAGCUGGGAGUCGUGUUUGCUUGCGACGACCUGUACAAACACGGAUUCGAGCUCCUGGAAGAAACUCUUGAUACGCAGCUCCCCCCAUACUUUGACGGCGACUACUGGCCCAGCGAAGCCGAGCGGGUUGCUGCCUCACCUCCAAAGAGGGGAAGAAAGGAAGCAAACACUGCAGGCGUGAGCAGUGCAAAGUUCCGCAAGAAAGUCAGUGAAUCGGUGAAGUCGGCAUGCGAGUCACUCUUUGUCAUUGCCUUGCAACCAACGUGCGCCGCCUGUAAGCAGCUGAUAGUCAACGCUGCUUACUGGCGAGCGAUCAAUGUAGACGCAUACUACUGCAGCAAGUGCCAGGGUGCAGUAGCGGAGGCAAUCGCUCCUGCUUCUGGACAGAAGGCGGUGCUUACUAAAGUUGCUCCGGCCAACUUCGCUGAAGCCUGCAGCAAUAGCAAGACGGAGGAACUGGAGAUGUCGUGCCCGUUCCUUGACUGCCGCCCCAAUAUGCUAAAGAAUUGUGAAGAGCACCACUACCAGUUCGACAGCUUCCGACGUGCAAAGUACUCAACUAUGAUGCUCGUCUACCAGAUCUUCUCUACACAGCGCUCUGCCUAGUGCGCUUCAUCUCUUGAUAGUACAGGUACUUGCGUUACCAUCCUUCUCAAGACUUUGAUACUACUACUAGUAGUAGUUGUAUUUGUUUAGUACAAGAAGAAAAACAGAAAAUAAAUGGGAAUCCAUG